AUGUUCCACCCCUGUCUAUGGCAACAGCUGUGGGGGCAGCAGUGGCAGCAACAGCAGUGGCAGCAUUUCUAUGUAGUAGCACAUGAGUUGCUCUGCUGUGGGGAUGUGCAGGGCGAGGCAGAGGACAUGUGGGUGGUGGACCGUGGUGGUGAGCGAACCGCCACGAGCUCAAGAUGGGCCGCUGCUGUCCCUAGCUGUCUGUAG